AUGGCGGACAGAGAUUUGUCGUUAGGACCCAGGGAAGGUGUCUCGUAUCCGAUUAGAGUUCUGUAUUGCGGUAAUUGUUCCAUGCCAAUAGAGUAUUGUGAAUAUUAUCCCGAAUACGACAAAUGCAAACAAUGGUUGGAGAAGAAUUUGCCAACCGAAUUCGAGAAAGUUAAAAUAGACGAAGAUGAUAAUGGCGGGGAAGGUGAAGAAAAGAAGCGGCAAAAGCGCGGCGGUAAGGGGAUGCUGAAGUCUAAGAAGAAAGAAGACGUCCCUAAAUUAGUUCAAGUUUCACGCGCUCCUAGAGGCAAGAAAAAGUCUGUUACGGUUGUCUCCGGGCUUAGUACUUUUGAUAUUGAUUUAAAAGUAGCUGCAAAGUUCUUUGGCACAAAAUUUGCUUGUGGAUCAUCAGUGACUGGUGAUGAUGAAAUUGUAAUACAAGGAGAUGUCAAGGAUGAUCUGUUCGAUGUAAUACCAGAGAAAUGGCCUGAGAUUGAUGAAGACAGUAUUGAAGAUCUCGGAGACCAGAAGAGGUAG